CUUUAUCUUCCGGGUCGCGGUGCGCUGAUAUUUUGAAUCGGAUUUACAUGCUGGUUAAACCUACAUUUUAGACAUUGCAAAAACAAUUGUCGUCAUUAUGAAAAACAUGCUGUAAAUCAAUAAGGUUCUGGCAAUUAAAUAUCAAAUAUAAAUAUGAGUGGUGGUUUAGCGCCCAGCAAAAGCACUGUUUAUGUAUCUAACAUCCCAUUCUCCUUGACAAACAGCGAUUUGCACAAGUUGUGCACAAAAUAUGGCAAGGUAGUGAAGGUGACGGUUGUCAAAGACAAGCAGACACGGAUGAGUAAAGGAGUGGCGUUUGUGCUGUUUCUAGACAGAGAGUCUGCUCAUAAUUGCGCCCGAUCGCUAAACAACAAACAGUUGUUUGGGAGAACGGUGAAGGCCAGCAUCGCUAUCGACAAUGGGAGAGCUGCAGAAUUCAUCAGAAGGAGAAACUACACAGAUAAAUCCAAAUGUUAUGAAUGUGGGGAAGGAGGACACUUGAGUUACGCUUGUCCUAAAAAUUUACUUGGAGAGAGAGAACCUCCACCUAAAAAAGAAAAGAAAAAGAAGAAAAAGAUGCAGCAGCCUGAGGAGCCAGAACCAGAGGACAGUGAGGAAGAAGGAGAGGACCCAGCUUUGGACAGUUUAAGUCAGGCAAUUGCUUUCCAGCAAGCACGCAUUGAGGAGGAGGAGAAGAGAAGGAAGCAGGUCACAGAGGAUAUGUCUCAAGCAUCUACAUCAGAGGACACCCACAAACCCAGGAUCAAAAAGAGCGCCUACUUCAGUGACGAGGAGGAGCUCAGUGACUGACUCAUACUUUCAUGUGUUUGGAACACAUCGCCUCUUCUCUACCACUUUCACCUGAUAAGGAGGUCACGUAUUAAUCUGAAUUUAUAAUUUUGCAGAAAGUCAUAAAAAACCUUUAUCCAAGAUGUUUGUUUGUCAUUUUAUGCUCCUCAUUCAGAUAAUUACACUUUUAAAUAUUGGGUAUAUAGUAGUACCGUGACUCCUCCAGAAAAGUUCUGUAAAUGUAUUUUUUUUAAUCUUGUAAAUAAAGUUUAGUUUUGUGUAUUUGACAAUUACAUUGUUAUUGUUCCAGGAAGCUUGGAAAAUAAACUGUUUUAAAAUAAC